CUCCACCUUCUAUGUAAAUGACAGCGUGAGUGAGUGGGACCCGAGGCGGAGAGCUCUUACUGAAUGAGGCUGACGGGGACGGGGGGAGUUGCCUUCACGGACGUGUGUGUGUGUGCGCUCACAAUAAUAAGGAGGUGUGGGUCCGCUCUCUGCUGUUUGCAUGUACCCGGAGCAGAGCAGCGAUAGGCUACCUUUUGGAUGCAAUCAUGUCACGAGCGCUGGGCUGUGCCACGAGAGCAUCUGAAUAAUCCACACCGGCCAUACGCGCACGGCAGAAGACUGAAGCGAUGGGUGGCCAGAUAACGCGAAAUGCCUUUUACGCAUCAUACUUCACACGGCUUCUACUGAGAAUUUGUGGUCACAGAUGUCCAACAGAGCGUCUCACGGCCAACGCGGACCAUGUAAUGCAGCCAUUAGAUUUCAGAAUGGCUGUUUGUCUGGGAACAGCUCAUUUUACUCCCUUGGUGGCCCAUUCCCGUCCACGUCACAUCGAUGUCACCACAAACCCAAGAGGUGCCUGCCUAUCCACUGUGGCAGUGUCGGUGGGCCUCUCCCCAUCAGCCCACUUCUAUUCCAUCCAAACGCCAAGGGGUCCCAAAUUGUCAUGGACCUUGCCCAGAAGACAGCAAAGAGGCAGGCCAGUUUCUGCAAUGCCAUCACCUUCAGCAACCGGCCCAUCACGCUCUAUGAGCAAGUCCGCCUCAAGAUUACCAAAAAGCAGUGCUGCUGGAGUGGGGCUCUGCGUCUGGGCUUCACCGCUAAAGACCCCUCCAGAAUAAACCCAGACAACCUUCCCAAGUACGCUUGUCCUGACCUGGUGUCUCAGAGUGGCUUCUGGGCCAAGGCGCUGCCCGAGGAAUUUGCCAACGAGGGCAACGUCAUCGCCUUUUGGGUGGACAAGAAAGGGAGAGUCUUCUACCGCAUUAACGAGUCCAGUCCCAUGCUGUUCUUCAGCGGGGUCCGCACGGCCGAGCCCCUCUGGGCCCUCAUUGAUGUUUACGGCCUGACCCGCGGCGUGCAGCUGCUAGACAGCGAGAUUGUUCCUGCAGACUGCCUGCGUCCACGCUCCUUCACCACGGUGCGCUCCUCCUCUCUGCGGCGUGAAGCGGACGACUCGCGCCUGUCCGUCAGCCUGUGCGACCUCAACCUGCAGCAGGAGGACGGUGGCCCAGCCCACAGCCGCUCCCACCGCCACACCCUCCACCUGGCCUCCACCUCCUCCUCCUCCAGCUGCCCCAUCCCGCAGAACUCCCUCAAUUCCCAGCAGUCCUCCCUCCUACCGUCCACCCUGGAGAGCGACCUCCACUUCCACCAGCUGCGCGGCGCCCACAUUAAGACGCUGGACGAGCAGACGGUGGCGCGAUCCGAGCACGCGCGUGAAGAGCGCACGCUGGUCUUCACGAACCGGCCACUGCGCAUCGGCGAGACAGUGUUCAUCAAAGUCACCAAGUCGAGCCCGGCGCGCUCGGGCUCUCUGUCUUACGGUGUGACGUCCUGCGACCCGGCGGUGCUGCGCCCCAGCGACUUACCCUACAAUCCCGAGGCCCUGGUGGACAGGAAGGAGUUCUGGGCGGUGUGCCGUGUGCCGACGCCUCUACAGAGCAGUGACAUCCUGGGCUUCUUGGUCAACCAGGAGGGGGAGGUCAUCCUCAGCCACAACGGCGCCAACGUGGGCAUGCAGGUGUGCGUGGACAACUCCCGCCCGCUGUGGAUGUUCUUCGGCUUGCAUGGUGCAGUGACACAGCUGAGGAUUCUGGGCUCCACGCAUCUCGGGGAUCCGCGGGCCACGUCGAAUCCCAGCUCGCCCUCCUCCUCUCCGCACACCCCCAGCGCCCUGGGAAGUGGCAUCUCUGAUCCGGUCCUGAACGGAGGUCUGUGCUCAGCCGCUUACUGCAGCUCAGCAGGGGGAACAACUCCGAAUUCUCCGGCCAGCCUCCCCAAGUCCCCCACGUUCCCGUCCGGCCGCGGGCCGUGGUCCGACGAGUGCUCCAUCUGCUACGAGAACACCGUGGACACGGUCAUCUACGCCUGUGGGCACAUGUGCUUGUGCUACACCUGCGGCCUCAAACUCAAGAAGAUGUCCAACGCCUGCUGCCCCAUCUGCAGGAGGCAGAUUAAAGACAUUAUCAAGACCUAUCGCAGCACGUAAGGGAACGGGCGACAGGACGACCUCAGCAAAACCCAGGGUUACAAAAAGAAAGGUUUAGGUUCAGGGAACAUGAACUCUGGUACUCUGAUUUGGUAUUUUCAUACAAAUAUUGGUGGCUGGUUUUCUCACGUGACCUUUUCCAGAGUUAAUGCCACUUCAGUGGGGAGGUCUCUCUGUCUUUAGAGUCACAGCCUUCGACAGGAAGUUCGUCCAAACUCUAUUCUUGCCAGAAGUGUUUGCUUUCUCCGGGGCUCGUGGAAGACUUUGAAAGAAGAGGGGAAAAAACCAAACCGGCUUCAAAAUUCUUUGAUUUGUUGAACCGUGUCGUAAGAUUUAGGAACUAUCGCCCAUUUGCGCCAAAGCAGAUGAGUCCCUUUGGGUCUGAAUGCUCAAUAGAUCUUUUCGAGGAUGACCGAAGCUCCGAAAUAUGCCGUCAACGCGAUUUACGACUUAAAUGGUCUCAGAAAACACACACCCGCUGCAGGUAAUCAUCUCAGUAUGUCACAACUUGUGUCUGUGUGUUACUGAGAACUGGAAGCUCAGUCUGCAUCACAGUGCUGAAGUGAUGGACGUCUGUUAGUGUUGUGGUGAUUAUCAGUGAGUGACGUGUCUAGCGACGCAAGCCGGUGCUGAGUAUUUUAAGUAGGAUUGUAAGACCUCUUGUACUCGUAUAAUCUAAUGUACCUUUCUGGUAGUUUUACUGCAAACGUUGGUGGUAGCUAUAUUGUUGUUCUAGCUAGCUGCUUGCUCUGCAAUGUGGUUUGUUGCACUGAAAUCUGCAUCAUCCUCUCAGAAAAGCCCCAAAACUGACCGAGAGGACCAAGACCCUCAUUGGCUGAAACAAUCUACAAGCCAUAGACUGUAUAUAAAAGAGGGACGUAGCCAGGUUACUGUGUGAAAUUCAGUUUUGAAGCCUCGGCGUCAGCGUUUUCAGCUUUGUUUUUAACUUUAAAAAUUGAGCAGAGUGGGGGAAACCAGAGUACACGCGCUCAUUCACUGAUGAUUUGUCAAUCGUGAACUGGACCCGCCCUCAUGUAUAGUAUGCUGUUUUGUUUUAGCCCAUAUGGUGCCUUUUGCACUGACAUAAAACUACUGAGAACAUAAAUUCAUCAGGAUUUUAAUCUGCCGCCCCUGUUGUGCCAGGUUUAAGUCGCUUCUGCAGUGGCUUUACUUUAACACCUGCACGCUACAUGCAUCUUUUUAUAUACAGUCUAUGCUGCCAACCUGCCUCCAGCAGACUCGGCAGCUCUGAAUUCUUGAAAGGAAACAGGAAGUGGGAAAUAAACAGCAAUUUGGAUACUCCUCAGGGCCUGCUAUCUUUUUAAGAACCAUCCUCCCAAACUGUACCUAUAUAACCCUGCCUAAUACACUGUGAGUGCUCACGACAAAUUGACAAGUCCUCACAAACAGCUCCCAUAACACCACGUAAAAAAAAAAAAAAAAAAUCAAAGGAUUGUUGCCAUGGUUUCCUGCCUUAUCUCACAGAAGGUUCGCUCGUAGAUGGACCGCGUUCUGUGCUUCCCCCAAACCCCCGAUGAUUUACCAAAUAAUGCUGUUGUGUGGCACAGACUGUCACAAAAUGUUCACUCAGAGGAGAAAAAGCACACAUUCAAACUAUUUUUCUAAUAGAAAUGCACAACAUUUCCAGUAUUUGAUUAUUAAAAUGUAUACUACGCUUUGUGACACCAGCAGCAGAGACAUUCUACAGAAAUCUCUUCAGGGGAAAAAAAAAGCUCCGAUUUUAAGUAUUUGUAUCAUUUCUGUCCCCUAACUUGAGUAUAAAACGUCUUCGUCCCCUUCAGAUUUCACAGAUGAGCUUUGUCCUCGCAGGAAGCUGAGAGGCUGUUUUUAGAUUUUGUAGAUAAUCAUCAAACGGGGAUCAGACCUAUGCUGCUACGGUGUUUGCCAGCCGACGGUGACGCUGCACACGUCCUUCCUCCCACGUCAGUUUGAUUACGCUACUGCUUGAAGUGUUAAUUCACAUUUGAAUGUUAACUUAUGUAUUUAGAGAGAUUUUUAUUGAUGUGCUUGAAUUGGGGUAAAAACCAACAAAAAAACUUUUGUGUUCUUUUAAAGUUUGUUUGGAUCGAUAAUCACGCGUUUUCUUUUUUCUUCACCUCGUUUAUCCAAAACUGCGAGAAUCUAAAUUUGUGUCCGGCAGCGAGCAGGUCGAGUUAGUCGCACCUCGCAGCAGAGAUGUCGCAGUACACAAUCAAACCCCGACCGCCGUGAGGUGCGACGCGCCAGCUCCUGCUUUUAUUGCGCUCCCUGAUCGUCACGUGUUCUUUUGAGUGAUUUCUCUUCCUGUGCGCGCGCCCGUGUCCACGACCCAACAGCCCGUCUGUAUCUUUAGCUCGUUCGGGCUGUGUGGUCUCAAAGCCAUCGCUGUGGUGAUGAUGAUGAUGAUGUCACUUUAUAAAGCUACUGAUUGUAAUCUUGUACGUCUGAGAUUCAGCCGUGGCAUUUUUUUCUUUGUGCAGAGACUUUGACCAAAUCCAGAAAUGAUCACUGAUCUAUUUUUUUAAGAUAUAAGUCUAUAGAUGCAACCCCCCCCAUUAAAUUCAUUGAUUUGUAUUUGAUUUUUGGACCACAUUGAUAAAUGCCACAAAAGAUUUUCUUCUAUAAAUAGUUUUUUGAGCACCUUUAAUUUAAUAUUUCGUUGUUGUUGUUUUUCCACACGCCCCACAGGAUGUCCCUGAUCCUCUAAUGUAUUAUUUAUUGGUCCAGCACCGACGCGUGGACGUUUCCUGCUUUCUCUCGUGUUUGCUGCCUCCUCUGGCUCCUCUGUGUCCGCAGCGCAUUUACUUUCUGUAAAUCUUUUUAUCAUGCAUGAGUUUUCCGUUCACCCAGCGUGAACAUCGGGACCAACAGCGGAUGAGCAUCGGAGUGGAACGCUGUCAGUGCUCGUGUAGACUGGAACCAGUGGCUAGAAAAACGCAGUUUGGCUGUUGUUGUGACAGCAGCUGAAAGUGCAAACCUGUGUUUUCUUUUUUCCUUUUGAUUUGAAGCUACAAGUGUUCAUUUGUGAGCUCUGUCCAGUGUGAGUCGGACGAUUGUGGUUAAUAAACUUUCCAGAUGUGUUUGAGCAGAAA